AACCUUCCAGAAGGACAAUCAUUUCUGCAGCACUCCACCAACCAGGGCUUUUUGGUAGGGUGGUCAGACGGAAGGCACUCAUCAGUAAAAGGCACAUGACAGCCCUCUUGGAGUUUGCCAAAAGGCACCGAAAGACUCAGACCAUGAGAAAGAAGAUUCUCUGGUCUGAUGAAACAAAGAUUGAACUCUUUGUCCUGAAUGCCAAGCGUCACGUCUGGAGUAAACCUGGCACCAUCCCUACGGUGAAGCAUGGUGGUGGGAGCAUCAUGCUUUAGGGAUGUUUUUUCAGUGGCAGGGACCUAGAAACUAGUCAGGAUCGAGGGAAAGAUGAAUGGAGUAAAGUACAGAGAGAUCAUUGAUCAAAACCUGCUCCAUAUCGCUCAGGACCUCACACUGGGACAAAGGUUCACCUUCCAAUAGUACAGCGACCCUAAGCAAACUUCCAAGACAAUGCAGGAGUGGCUUCGGGACAAGUCUCUGAAUGUCCUUGAGUGGCCCAGCCAGAGCCCGGACUUGAACCCGGUCGAACAUCUCUGGAGAGACCUGAAAAGAGCUGUGCAGUGACGCUCCCCAUCCAACCUGACAGAGCUUGAGAGGAUCUGCAGAGAGGAAUGGCAGAAACUUCCCAAAUACAGGUGUGCCAAGGUUGUGGCAUUAUACCCAAGAUAACUUAAGGCUGUAAUCGCUGCCAAAUGUGCAGACCCUUUAAAAGUACUGAGUAAAGGGUCUGCAUAACAAUGUAAAUGUAAUAUUUCAGUUUUAACACAUUUUCAAACAUUUCUAAAAAACUAUUUUUGCUUUGUCAUUAUUUUGUGUAGAUUGAUGAGGGGGAAAAACAAUUGAAUACAUUUUAGAAUAAGGCUGUAAUGUAACAAAAUGUGGAUUAAGUCAAUGGGUCUGAAUACUUUUCGAAUGCACUGUAUAUCUUAAUUUGGAAAAUGUUCUCUAACUUUCUUUAACUUUGAAAAUAUGGAGUAAGUUGUGUAGAUAUAUCUGUAGGGGUAACACAUCAAAUUCAUUUUAAGGCAGAAAAAUGUGAGAGAAAAAUGUUCAAGCGGGUGUAGACUUUCUAUCGGCACCGUACUCAAAUUAAUUGCCAUAAAAAAAUGUAACCAUUAUUUUACCAGGUAAAUGAACUGAGAACACAUUCUCAUUUACAGCAAUGACCUGGGGAAUAGUUACAUGGGAGAGGAAGGGGGAGGAAUGAGCCAAUUGUAAACUGGAGAUGAUUAGAUGGCCAUGAUGGUAUGAAGGCCAGAUUGGGAAUUUAGCCAAGACACCAGGGUUAACACCCCUACUCUUACGAUAAGUGCCAUGGGAUCUUUACUGACCAAGAGAGUCAGGACACCUGUUUAAUGUCCGAUCCGAAAGACAGCACCCUACACAGGGCAAUUUCUCCAAUAACUGCCCUGGGAUAUUGGGAUAAUUUUUUAGACCAGAGUAAAGGGUUCCUCCUACUGGCCCUCCAACACCACUUCCAGCAGCAUCUGGUCUCCCAUCUAGGGACUGACCAGGACCAACCCUGCUAAACUAGCUUCAGAAGCAAGCCAGUUAGACAAAAGUUAGAGGUUUUGUUGAUUACACAAAUAGAAUACAACUCAAACCAAGUGUUUUCACUUUAAACAAAAUGUUUACCCCUUUUCAGCCAAAAAUAGAAACGUCUUACUUGCUUGUAUCAAUUUGUCUGGGUUUACAUUAGAAGCAUAUUAUUCAGACCAAUGCAAUGAGGUGUAGAGAUAUUGAGAUGGAUUUGGGUCCUGUUAUUUUACGGGCGAUGGAUGGAAUUAGUAUGGCUCUUGCUAUUUUCUUAGUAGUACGGGAUUGGGUAGGAGGAUUUACAGUAUGUAAACCUUUUUCAACCACACACUUCGACACGGUAGGUGGCGGCAUGCAUCUUUCACGUUGUUUUGCCGACCGCCAGUAAUACCAAAGAAGAAGGUUCAAGCAGGCCGGAAAUCACAACAAAUUGAGCGCUGAGUUGUUCGUUGAACACUCAAAUUCAAAUAGCUACAUGGCAGCUUGCAUUUGUUAUCACCAACUGCAGACUGUAAGUAAUAAAAAAAAGUAAAUGUGCAUGAAAUCAGUGCGGUAGCAAGUAGCUGUAAUUGAUAGAAAAGGGCCAAUUUAACAGUGAAAUAUGUAUCGUGGUCGGCCUCUUCCACCUCGAGGAGAGUACCCGCAGCAGUGCGAGGGCCGUGGUCCUACUCCUGUCCGGCCUUAUCCUGGGCCACCGUUUAGAGAAGAAAGAGGCAGGCCCAGACCUCCUUUUCAGGGUUACCAUGACGGGCCUCCAGACCCGUACAGGCGUUCUCCACCGCUCAGGAGGUAUCCUUCUCCCGGUUCAGUAAGUCACAGAGGUCCAGGCGGUGAAUAUUGGGGCAGCGGCCCUCUCCCAAGAGAAAGCUCUCAUUCUUCUCCCCGUGGUGGCAUCCCCACAGACCACAGUCUGGUAAUCACUGUGGGCAAUGAAUUGACUGGACCACCUGGGGCAGGGCUCCCCUCAAGAGACUACCCUCCUUACCUGCCAAAGAGGUCCAGUUACGAUGGCCCUGACGACCGUGGCCCCAGGAGGCAGAGUCCCAGCAGAGGGAGAAGCCGACAUCGUAGUCGCAGCCCGGGAAUCAGGGGACGGAGCAAGAGCCGUCCUCGUAGUCGCAGCCCUACAAUGGGGGGACAGAGUAAAAGCCGUGCCAGAACUCGCAGCCCUGCAAUGGGGGGAAGGAAUAAAAGCCGUGUCCGAAGUCGCAGCCCUGCAAUGGUAGGACAGAGCAAAAGCCUUACUCAAAGCCGUAGCCCUGAAUUGAGGGGACAGAGUAAAAGCCGGGCCCGAAGCCGCAGCCCUGAAAUGGGGGGACGGAGCAAGAGCCGUCCGCCAAGCAGGUCCCGAAGCAGGAGUGUGAGUCGUGGCCAGAGCUAUGGACAGUCCCGCAGUAUAAGCAGAGCAAAGAGUGUUGGUCCACACAAGAGUAGGAGCCGCAGUGUCAGUACCAGCAGUAGUAGCAGUAGCAGCAGUAGCAGGAGCAGCAAGGGAGGCGCUAAUAAGAUAAAGAAGAUGAGCAGGUUCAAGGAGCUGGAGUUGGCCCGUCGCCACAAAGAGAUGGAAGACAUGAACAUGCCCACAAAGUCCAUCCUGAAGAGGCGCAUGGACUCGGAGACUGACUCCCCCCCAUUUGUGCAGAACAGUGAUUCUCCAAGAGUUACCCCUGGUGCUGAGGCAGAGCGUCUCCUCUCAGCUAUGAAAGGCAUGGACCCUAACAUGUUGGCCACCAUGCUGGGAGAACUGAGAGAUGACCCACGCAUGGCCCAGGGCAGACUUGAUCCCAGUGGGAUUGCAGGGAUCCUUGGCUUGUUGGGGGAUGCAUCUGCACCGCAAGAGGAGAAAAGGAAGAGGGUACCAGACAUUGAUGAUGAGGAGAAGUUCCUUUAUGGCGAUGAAGAUGAUCUAGAGAAGGGCAGGUCUCAGACUCCAGCAGGAGUUCCCCGUCAACAACACAGUCUGUCAGAGCUCUAUGGUGAUAUUAUGAGUGAGCCGGCAAGCUAUGGCGCCUCACAGCACCUAGAGGCCCAUCCUGGUAUUGUCGAUCAGCGAAGCUCUCGUCAGCAACAGGUGGACAUGAGGUAUCAGCAUCAAAGCAGGUCCUCUGCCACCCCUGACCAUAAGAUCAAGGUUGAAGAGCCUAAUGACUACCCACUAGGAACAGGACCACUGGAAGGGAAGGAGAGCCAAGACGUGGAGGAGUACGAGAAGAUCCAGGACCUCCUCAAAACCAUUGGGCUGGAUCUGGGGGUGACGGAGAUCAGCAAGAUGGCUGCCAGGACUCAGGAGCGUCUGCAUGGAAAGAGGCCCCCUCCGAAACCCCCUUCCCCUUGUCCUGGGAGGAGGCGGGGCCACCGUGACUCUUCAAGAAGCUCAGGCAGGGGCAUGCAUAAUAGCCACAGUGGGAGCAGCUCCAGCAGUGGUAGCAGUCGUAGCGAAAGCAACAGCCCGAGUCGUAGCAGGAGCCUAAGCAGCAGCCUUGAUAACAGAAGGAGCCAGAAGAAGUCACCCCCAUCUGACAGAUGCAGCACCCAUGGGAAGACUCGAGGCGGCGGGGAGGUGAAGACUGAAACUACUCCAGUGACACCCACCCACCCUUCUAUCUCGAUUCCUGCCUACGCCCAAGCCCAGUCACAUGGUCUGGUUCCACCCAACUAUCCACCUCAUGGCUUUGGGCAGUAUGGGAACUGGCCGUACAUGCCCCAACAGUGGCCGAUGUACCCACCUCCAUCUAUGGGCAUGCUUCCUCAAUCUCCCAUUGAAGAUUUUCCGAAAGCCCCGCCGUUUGACAGACCAUACUUGAAUGUCAUCCAGCCAGAGUUACACCAGGGGGGUGAAAGAAAAGCAUCAUCAAAGAUGGCCGCUCAGGAUAAUGGCAAGGACAGGAGGGUUUUAGAAGAGAGAAAUAAUGAAAGCCAAAAACAAAAGGUUCUUGAAGAACGUGAAAAACUGAGAAGAGACCGAGACAUCCGCAUGAAGAAGAAAGAUUAUCUCAUGAAGGAACUGGAGAGAUUGCGAAAACAGCAAGGGGAACUGCUGCGCAAAAAGCGGCGUGAAAAGGAUGGCCAUAAGGACCCGUUACUGUCAGAGAUCAGUCGGCUCCAGGAAGAGGUCAUGUCUCAGAUUGCUGUGCUCCGCAACGAGCACGAGGUAGCAGAGAAGAAACGAUGCGAGCUUGACAAAGUGGCUCUUAUUCUCGGUCUACAACCAACUGACAAGCCCCGGCGAGAGGGUAGGGCUUCUGGAGACCUUGAGCAUCCAACACACCCACCACCUCCAGACAAGGAGAAGAAACAGGAGCGCGCUCGCAGCCGAGAGGUAUCACCUGGGGUCCAGGCCUCUGUCAAGGCAGCAUCAUUGUCCUUAAGAGCCUCUACUAAGAAAUCCCCAGCCAGUACCCAGCCUCCUGAGCAUCCAGCAGACCUGUUUGAAUACUAUGACGCUGGGAACCACUGGUGCAAAAGCUGCAAUGUCACUUGUGGAUCCAUGUUCGAUUUUUUCACACACUUGCACAGCAAAUCGCACCGAAAGACUCAGGAUCCUUACAAUCGACCAUGGACGUCAAGUUCCUCCAACAAUGAGAUUAAUAAGAUUUACUCUUCAGGGGAGAAAAUGACUAAACCUGCUAAAGGAUCAGAGUUUUUGGUGCCUGUGAGGGGAUAUUAUUGCCAGCUGUGCGAGGAGUUUUACGGGGAUGCAAUUUGUGCUGAAGAUCAUGCCACGAGUCAUACUCACAAUGAGAAAUACAAGAAACGAAUGUAUGAGUAUCCACUCUACGAACAGAGAAGGAACCUGGAUCGUCAGGCUGGACUCACGUUGGAAGUUGGUGACAAAAAGCACUCGGAGUUCAAACGCAAACACGAAGAGGAAGAAUCCAAAAAGAGCAAAGAGAAGGAGGAAGGGAAACAUAAACGCAGCAAAAAGGACAAGGGAAAGGACAAUGAGAAGUUCAAACACAUGGAGAAAGAGGGGAAGGUGAAGCACAGCAAAAAGGAGAAGUACAAAUAUUACAAGAGGGAGGAGGAGGAGGAGGAAGAGAGGGCCAAGUAUAGCAAAAAAGAGGAAGACGAGAGGUCUUUGUACAGCAAGAAAGAGGAGAGAUAUAAACAUAGCAAGGAGGGGGAAGAGUGGCCCAAGUACAGUAAGAAGGAUGAAGAGAGAUACAAGCAUAGAGAGGAGGAGGAGGAGUGGUUAAGAAAUCGCAGGGAGGAGGAAGAGAGGCCUAGGUCUAGCAGGGUAGAGGAGAGACCCAAGUUUAGUUGGAGGCAUAAUGAGGAGGAGGAAGACCGGUCCAGAUAUGGUAAGGGGAAAGAGCCCAACCCCAAAUAUAGCAAGAAAGAGGAGGCGAGGUAUAGAUCAGAGAGGGAGGAUGGGAAACCUAAGAAUGAAAAGGAGGAAAGACAAUCAAGGAAAGACCAGGGUGAGCUUCAAAGGGAAGAUGAGAAGUCAGGAUCUAGAAAGCAGUCUGAGCCUGAGAAACCCGGUGAGCCUCCCAAAGUGUUCUGUGGGCCUAAUCCAGCAUUGAGAGCAAAGCUGCGCAAGAAAAGUGAGGAAACAACCAAAGUAGAGCCAAAGGCUCCGUCUGCUUUUGGAAAGUUCAGUUGGAAGAAAAAACUAGAAAAUGAGCUUGCGAAGGAGGCCGAGAGAGUGGCUGCUGAGUUCCUGAAGGAAGAUGAGGCAGAUGCUGAAGAGGAUGACGACCCGGAUGCGUUUUCAAAGUCUGUGGCUGCAGCCAAGAGCAUUGCUAUCAAGCUGUCAGGGAAGACAGUCAUCCCCCCAACUAACACAUGGGUACCCUUCAACUCUGGGAAAAUACGCCCAAACCUUCCUGCUCCCUCCGUGGUCCUGAGAAAGUCCUCCGGACUUGGGCCCUGGGUCUAUGCUAAACCGGCCCCUCUCAACACCUUACCCUCUAUCAGACCACCCGGUGCCAGCGGAGAAAUGCCUCUGCCUGUCAUACAGAACCAGCCUAUAAAGGACCCUGUACUGGCAGCAGACAUCAUUUCCAAGGCGUUCUGUGGUGAGGAACUGGAGUCAGCAGAUGGCACCUGGAAGCCAGGUCCCCAUUUUACACCAGACAAAAAGAAAGCUUCCACAAUGGAGUCUGUUAGUCAAGCCCCCACAUCCACUCCUUCAGCAGUGAUGUCGGAGUUCAAGACUCCCCUGCCUCCCCCGCCUGUCCUGAUAAUGAUGACCAUGGAGUCGGAUGUAUCUGCACCAGGAGUCCCUGAGAGUGAGCAGAAUGUCCCAGUGAUGGUCACACCCCCUCCUUUCAUGCAGAGACCCCCAAGUGAGGUGAUGAAGAAAUCAGAAAAACCGAAGUCUAGCCUAGCUGCCGCAAAAGCACAAGAUUUAUUUGACAUAUUUUAUAGCAGCAGUACCACAUCCACCGCCAGCACUGCCAUGUCCACUAAAGCAGUCAUAGAGUCCAAAGCUGCUCCGAAUUACUUAAAGAACAGCGAAACCUUGGAGGCUACGGCCCCACAAACAGAGCAAAUCCAACCUGAGCUCCCAGCUCUUGACAACAGUAACACCAUUGAAACUGACACAAAGGAGUCAAUGGAGACUGAGCGUGGGUCUGACCCACAGCCCAAGGAAGAUGCACCUGAGAAUGCCCCCAUACAAUUAAAUAACCCAUCAGAUACUCUGGGUAUCUCAACAGAGACCCUGGAUCUCCCAACAGAAGUGCUGGGCUUAGAUCUGUUUGAUUUAAAUUUUGAUUAACAGCUCCCACCAGAACGCAGGCCACUGGAGGGUGGGUAUUUUAGGUAGUUGAUGGGAUUAGGGUGUACAUUAGAGGGGAACAAAUAGUAACCAACACAUCCCUCUGAUUAGAAAACUAAGCCCUGUUGCCUUGUGCAGGUUGAUGUUGAUUGUCAUGAAUCUUGCCCUGAAGGCAGAACUGAGUGAUUUCCAUUAGAUGGGCCAAGUGCAAAGUCAUAAUUGGCUAUAUUGUAAAAAUGUAAGGUUAUAUAUUAUGACUUUGUGGCUGUGCCACCUAGUGACCACUGCAGAGUUGCCUCCAGUACAUAAAUCAUCCCAAUAAAUGCCAACCUGCGUAAUUUAGUGGCCCGAGCAGGCAGCUCGAACUUGAAUGGAUAAGGAAAUGAAACUUCCACUGAAAGAUAUGAGACAUUCUUAAGUGAUGAAUCUUCAGAAAUGUUGAAGCUUGUGCUGCAGUUCUUUUUGUGUUGAAUAAUUUCUUCAUUCAUUCAUCUCAACUUUUCUUUACUUAAGGUAACGUACAGUACCAUGCUUAUUGAUUACUAUAGUUUUGUGUGUAUCCAUGUUCAGCCUCUUAAGCAAGUAGUUAUUUUCUCUUUAAAUGAUUGAAUGGUAUUUUAAUACAGGAACGAGAGAAAAAGUUCAAAGAAAACAGAAUUUGGUAAGGUAGUGCAGCAUGGACCAAAAUAUCUGAACAAUGUUUUCUUUUACAAUUGUGCCAUGUAAUAUCUGUCACUCUUCACAGCACCCUCCAGAAAAGAAGAUGUGGAUAUAUAACCUUGGAAUUAUAGCUCCUUUAAAAAAAAAAAUUGAACUUUCCAUUGGUUCACUGACUGUACUAUGCGCAAUGCUAUUCUGUGUUAGUUAGUGAAAAUAAUCAAACUGGUUGUCCCUUUUAACUGUUAUUGCUGAAGUAGAAUUCAAAUAAAUGUCAGUGACCACAA